GUCGCUCUCGGAAGUGGCAAAAAUGGCAUCCUACGACCAUGCCAGGGUUUCCCACUUCAUUGGUGGUAAUUCUCUCGACAAGGCCUCGGCGGGCCAAGUUACCAACUUCGUCAAAUCUCAUGGCGGCCAUACCGUCAUUACGAAAGUUUUAAUUGCUAACAAUGGUAUUGCUGCUGUCAAGGAAAUUCGUUCUAUUCGCCAAUGGAGCUACGAAACGUUUGGCACAGAGCGAGCCGUGGAGUUUACCGUCAUGGCGACUCCAGAGGAUCUGAAGGUCAAUGCCGAGUACAUUCGCAUGGCUGAUCGCUAUGUCGAAGUGCCUGGGGGGACGAACAACCAUAACUAUGCAAACGUCGAGCUCAUCGUUGACAUUGCAGAACGCGCUGGAGUGCAUGCUGUAUGGGCAGGCUGGGGUCAUGCUUCUGAAAAUCCCCGCCUUCCAGAAAGUCUUGCUGCGAGCAAGAGCAAAAUCGUUUUUAUUGGCCCUCCUGGUAGUGCAAUGCGCAGCUUGGGCGAUAAAAUUUCCUCAACUAUCGUUGCACAGAGUGCAGAAGUCCCUACCAUGGCUUGGUCUGGAACUGGGAUCUCCGAAACUUGUUUAUCGGAACAAGGGUUUGUGACAGUGCCUGACAAGGCUUACAAGGACGCAUGCGCCUUCUCUGUCGAGGAAGGUCUUGCCAAGGCCGAAGCAAUUGGAUGGCCUGUCAUGAUCAAGGCCAGUGAGGGUGGCGGCGGUAAAGGUAUACGCAAGGUCGAAAAAGCUGCCGACUUCAAUAACGCAUUCCUUGCUGUCGCCGGAGAAGUCCCAGGCUCGCCGAUUUUCAUUAUGAAGCUGGCCGGUCAAGCACGUCAUCUAGAAGUACAGCUUCUUGCUGAUCAGUACGGGAACGCAAUUUCUCUUUUCGGCCGUGACUGCUCGGUUCAGCGGCGACAUCAGAAGAUUAUUGAAGAAGCACCGGUGACCAUCGCAAAAGAACAGACAUUCGGUGAAAUGGAGCGCGCUGCGGUUCGUCUUGCAAAGCUUGUCGGUUAUGUCAGUGCAGGCACCGUCGAGUAUCUGUACAGUCAUGGGGACGAUACGUUCUACUUCCUGGAACUCAAUCCACGUCUGCAAGUCGAGCAUCCCACCACAGAAAUGGUGACUGGCGUGAAUCUUCCUGCAGCACAGUUGCAGGUCGCUAUGGGCAUCCCGCUUCACCGCAUACGCGAUAUCCGUACGCUUUAUGGAGUUCCACCGCACUCAGGUUCCGAAAUAGAUUUCGACAUGGUCGAUCCACAGGCGAACGCUGCCCAGAGGAAGCCCAAACCGAAAGGACAUGUUGUCGCUGUACGUAUCACUGCAGAGAACCCCGAUGCCGGAUUCAAACCUUCAAGCGGUGCAUUGCAAGAAUUGAACUUCCGUUCUAAUACGAACGUCUGGGGUUACUUCAGUGUUGGCUCCGCCGGUGGUCUACAUGAGUUUGCUGACAGUCAAUUUGGACAUAUCUUCGCGUAUGGUGCAGACCGUGGGGAGAGCCGUAAGAAUAUGGUUGUUGCAUUGAAAGAGCUGAGCAUUCGAGGUGACUUCCGCACUACGGUCGAAUAUCUUAUAAAGCUUCUGGAGACACGCGCAUUCGAGGAGAAUACGAUUACCACGGGCUGGCUUGACUCUCUCAUCAGUAACAAGCUGACUGCGGAACGACCUGACAAUGUCCUCUCUGUCAUAUGCGGUGCAGUUACGAAGGCCUAUCUUGCCUCUGAAGCUUGCUGGGCGGAGUACCGCCGCAUCCUUGAUAAGGGCCAAGUUCCGGCGAAAGACGUGCUUAAGACGGUAUUCUCGGUCGAUUUCAUCUAUGAGAACGUAAAGUAUCUGUUUACCGCGACGCGCUCCUCAGCCAGUGUUUGGACCUUGUACAUCAAUGGCGGCCGCACGAUGGUCGGUGCACGGCCGCUAGCGGGCGGAGGCUUACUUGUCUCAUUGGAUGGGAAAAGCCAUUCUGUAUACUGGAGAGAAGAAGUCGGCGCCAUCCGAUUGAUGAUCGACUCGAAAACUUGUUUGAUUGAGCAAGAAAAUGAUCCGACUCAGCUUCGUAGCCCAAGUCCAGGUAAACUUGUCAGAUUCUUAGUUGAAAGCGGCGAUCACGUCAAUGCUGGUGAACCUUAUGCCGAAAUUGAGGUCAUGAAAAUGUAUAUGCCGCUUGUUACGACUGAAGACGGCAUUGUGCAGUUUGUUAAGCAACCAGGCGUAUCUCUCGAACCGGGUGAUAUUCUCGGUAUCCUAAGCCUAGACGACCCUGCUCGAGUCAAUCAUGCGAAGCCCUUCGGUGGUCUCUUGCCUCCGAUGGGCCUACCCACGGUGGAUGGAAACAAGUCCCAUCAGCGAUUCGCCUUCAAUCUCGAUAUUCUUAUUAACAUUCUCGAUGGAUAUGACAAUCAAGCAAUCAUGGCUUCCACUCUCAAGGACCUUAUUGCCGUACUACGUGACCACGAACUUCCGUUUUCGGAGGCUUCGUCCAUUCUUUCAACUCUUUCUGGUCGUAUGCCAGCGAAACUCGAGGAGAGUGUGCGUUCCUCCUUGAAUAGCGCACACAAGAGUGCCACGCUUGAGUUUCCAGCGGCCCGGAUCCGCAAACAACUUGACCAGUUUAUUACUUCCGAAGUCCGAGCUCCAGAACGUCCCAUGAUCCGUACACAACUCAGUGUGCUGUAUGAUAUCACGGAGCGUUAUCGGUCAGGUCUGAAACAGCACGAGAUCGACACGUUAGCUGGUUUACUCGAGCGGUAUGAAGAAACAGAGAAGCUCUUCGGCGGAAGCAUUGAGGCGCGAGUGCUAAGCCUGCGUGAUCAGUUCAAGGAUGACCUAGACAAGGUUGCUGCACUGGUGCUGAGCCAUUUGAAGGCCCAGAGCAAGGCAAAGCUCGUCUUAGCUAUUUUGGAUGAAGUGAAGAGCGGACCGAACAUCUCGAAUCCAGAGAGCAGGCUUCACAAGGUGUUACAAGGACUCGCCGCUCUUGAAGCCAAGUCAUCGACAGCCGUGUCAUUGAAGGCACGUGAGGUACUGAUCACUGGUCAGAUGCCAUCGUAUGAAGAGAGGGCUGUCCAGAUGGAGGCCGUGCUCAAACAGUCCGUCUCAACCACGUACUACGGAGAGCAAGGCUAUGACCAUAGAAAUCCCCACCCCGAAGUCCUGAAAGAAUUGACUGAUUCUCGUCACUCUGUCUAUGAUGUACUGCCGAAGUUCUUCAAUCAUGAGGAUCCUUGGAUUGCUCUCGCGGCACUCGAAGUGUAUGUCAGACGAGCAUAUAAGGCAUACACUCUUCUCUCGGUUGACUAUGAGGAGGGUGAUGGUUUGGACGAUGGCGAAGCACCUCACGCCGUUACAUGGCGUUUCAAGCUCGGCCAGUCUUAUACCGCCCCCACGACGCCUACUUUGUCUAAAACAAACCAACGUCAAGGUUCCGUCAGUGAUCUCACUUAUAUGGUUGACCGCUUCAAUGCACAACCGGAACGUGUAGGGGCCAUGACCUCUUUCCCGAACUUCGCUACCUUGGAGAAAGGGUUUGAGAGUGCUACAGAGCUAUUGCCGGGAUUCAACGCCUUAGAUUUCGCUCGUCGCUAUGGCGGGGAUGUACAACCGCCGAAUGUCCUGAACAUUGCACUGCGCGUCUUCGAAGAAGAGGACGACAUGUCUGAAAGUGUAUGGGCAGAGAAGAUCAUUGCACUCGUUAAUGAACGUCGCAAGGCGCUUACCGAUCACGGAGUCCGCCGAGUGUCUAUUAUGAUCUGCAGGAAAGGGCUGUACCCGUUGUACUUCACUCUGCGUGACAUGGGUGAGGCCUGGGGAGAAGAGCAGGCUAUCCGUAAUAUUGAGCCUGCAUUGGCCUAUCAACUUGAGCUCAGCAGACUCAAGAAUUAUAAUUUGACACCAGUCUUCGUCGAGAACAAGUCGAUGAUCCACAUCUACCAUGGCGUUGCUCAUGAAAAUCAGCUCGACAGUCGAUUCUUCAUCCGUGCACUUAUUCGACCUGGACGCAUCACUGGCAGCAUUAACACAGCAGAGUACCUUAUUUCCGAAACUGAUCGGCUGGUCACCUCCAUCCUUGACGCACUUGAGGUCGUUAGCGCAAGGUACCGUAACGCGGAUUGCAACCACAUUUCGAUGAACUUCAUCUACAACCUCGGUGUAACAUUCGAGGAAGUGCUUCAGGCUGUUUCAGGCUUUAUUGAGCGACAUGGAAAGCGCUUGUGGCGUCUCCACGUUACAGGCUCAGAGAUUCGUAUUGCACUCGAAGACAACGAAGGAAACGUUACACCGAUCCGUUGCGUCAUUGAAAAUGUAUCAGGUUUCAUCGUAAACUUCAAUGCGUACCAGGAAAUCACGACGGAUAAGGGUACUGUUGUGCUCAAAUCUAUUGGUGAAAAAGGUCCUCUCCAUUUACAACCCGUCAACCAGCCAUUGUCGACCAAGGAAUCACUGCAGCCGAAGCGUUAUCAAGCACACUUGGUCGGAACGACGUAUGUUUAUGACUUCCCCGACCUCUUCUCUAAGGCCCUUCAGAACAACUGGGUUCAUCAACGAAGCUUGAACCCGAACCUGGUGAUGCCGAAGGUGGUGUUUGAGUCGAAGGAGCUCAUUCUAGAUGAGCAUGACCAACUUGUUGAGCUCGAUCGUGCACCUGGUAACAACAUUUGUGGCAUGGUUGGUUGGGUCUUCACCAUGCGCACUCCGGAGUAUCCAAAUGGACGCCAAGUUGUAGCUAUUGCGAACGAUAUCACAUACAAGAUCGGAUCUUUCGGUCCUCAGGAAGACCAAUUCUUCUAUCUCGCUUCGCAAUAUGCGCGCGAACGGGGUCUCCCUCGUAUUUACUUGUCGGCUAACUCUGGUGCAAGGAUUGGACUAGCAGAAGAAGUCAUGAACCUGUUCUCUUGUGCAUGGAAUGUCCCUGGAAAACCAGAGAAGGGAAUCAAGUACCUAUACCUCACUCCAGAUGACUUCAUCAAGCUGCGGAGCAAGUGCGAUGGAUCCGUGCUCACCGAAGAGAUUGAGGACGAUGGUGAACGUAGAUACAAGAUCACGGAUAUUAUCGGUCUUCAAGACGGCCUUGGUGUGGAGUGUUUGCGUGGCUCUGGUCUUAUUGCUGGUGAGACCUCGCGCGCAUACGAGGAUGUCUUCACUAUUACCUUGGUCACUGCUCGUUCCGUUGGUAUCGGUGCAUACCUUGUGCGCCUCGGCCAGAGGGCUAUCCAGGUCGAAGGUCAGCCCAUCAUCCUGACCGGUGCUUCAGCACUGAACAAGGUUCUCGGACGAGAGGUAUAUACUUCCAACUUGCAACUUGGUGGCACGCAGAUCAUGCACAAGAAUGGUGUCUCCCACCUUACUGCCGGGAGUGAUCUUGAGGGAGCAACGCACAUCCUUCAAUGGCUUUCGUACAUUCCAGACGUAAAGGGUAACAUUCCGCCCACUCUUGCGUCGGUCGAUCCUUGGGACCGUGAUAUCGAUUACACUCCACCGAAAGGCGCAUAUGAUCCUCGCUGGUUCAUUGAAGGCAAGACCGACGAAACGACGUCUGAAUGGCUCAGCGGCUUCUUCGACCGCGGCUCCUUCCAAGAGACCCUGAGCGGAUGGGCGCAAACGGUGGUUGUCGGCCGAGCAAGACUCGGAGGCCUGCCCAUGGGUGUAAUUGCAGUUGAAACACGCACAAUUGAGCGAGUUGUUCCUGCAGACCCUGCCAACCCAUCGUCUUUCGAGCAGCGUAUCAUGGAAGCAGGUCAGGUCUGGUAUCCUAAUUCUGCCUAUAAGACCGCCCAAGCGAUCUUUGACUUCAAUCGUGAGGGUCUUCCGCUUAUCAUAUUUGCGAACUGGCGUGGAUUCUCUGGUGGCCAGCAAGACAUGUACGAUGAAGUUCUUAAGCAGGGUGCGAAGAUCGUGGAUGGCCUUGUGAGCUACCGCCAGCCCGUCUUCGUCUACAUCGUUCCGAACGGAGAGCUGCGCGGUGGCGCUUGGGUGGUGCUUGAUCCGUCAAUUAAUUCGGAGCACAUGGAAAUGUACGCGGAUGUCGAUUCUAGAGCUGGUGUCUUGGAACCUGAGGGCGUUAUCGAAAUUAAGAUGCGUAAAGACAAGAUUGCACGCCUGAUGGAGCGACUUGACGAUACUUAUGCUUCCCUCAAGCGAGACAGCGUCGAUACUGAGAAGACCCCGGAACAGCGUGCUGAAGCUACCGAGCAGUUAGCAAGACGUGAGAAACUGUUACAACCCACGUACAAGCAGAUUGCUCUUCUAUACGCUGACUUGCAUGAUCAUGCUGGACGCAUGGAAGCAAAGGGCUGUGCGACACGUUGUGUCUGGAAGGAUGCACGCCGCCGCUUCUAUUGGUCGCUUCGUGCUCGUCUUGCACGCUCAAGGCUUCUCGCUCAGUUCGCCGAAGCGAACCCAGAGUCGUCGCCUGAAUAUCGAGCCCAGGUUCUUACGCAGCUCGCCCCACCUGACGCGACCGACAUGCGCCAAACGGCUGAAACGCUCGAACGACUCGACAUUACUCCGACACUAUCGUCAUUCCGAAGCGCGCGUGUGGUCGAGGCAUUACGCCGUGCUGUACGACUUGACAGGAAGGCGACCUUCAACGGUCUCACUGAGUUAAUGCGGGAGCUGUCCGACGAGGACAAGUCCGCAUUGUUGAGUGCUCUUCAAUCUGCUUGAGCUCUGUAUCGUCUUUUUUCUCCUUGUUCCAGUGUACUGAACUCCGUAUAAUUUCUACAAAACGGGCGUUCUACAAACUCGCCUUAUCACUGUUGUUCUAACGACCUUUCUUCGGCAUACGAACAUUAUCACUUUCUUUUCGCAUUAGAUGACGCAUUGAUGUUCCAGUAGCAGUCAAA